AUGUCGAUCACAGGGCUAGCGGGUGUCAUAGACUUCAGCCUUGGACUUCGUGCUCUUCACUUCAAACCCUUAUUGGGAAGUGGCAAUUUUACACAAGAUGGUGCAGCAUGGAAGCACUCCCGUGCGCUAUUGCGACCUCAGUUCACUUCUAAUCGCUACCAGAAUUUUGAAGAGAUCAAGCAAUUGACCUUUGGCACCACCACGUUUCUCCUCUUUGGCGAAACACAGUCGUCAUUGGCAUCGAGUGAGAUCGCGGGGCAGGAAUCGGAGUUUGCCAAAGCCUUCAACCUUAGCCAGCAAUAUUUGAGAAGGGGAUUCGCUAAUGGUCACCCACUUAACUACUAA